ACGACAGCGACGCGAGCGGUGGCGUGGCGAUCGCCGGCUCGGUGGACGCCGUGGCGAGACUGAAGCAGUCCGGGCUGAAGGUGAGAUUCUGCACGAAUGAGUCCCAGAAGUCUGUGGGUGAACUGGUGAGGCUGCUUCGGCAGCUGGGAUUCGACAUUUCCGAGGGGGAGGUGACAUCCCCAGCACCAGCCACCUGCCAGAUCCUGAAGGAGCGAGGCCUGCGGCCAUACCUACUCAUCCAUGACAGUGUCCGCUCAGAAUUUGAUCAGAUCGACACGUCCAACCCAAACUGUGUUGUCAUUGCGGAAGCUGGAGAAGGCUUUUCUUAUCAAAAUGUGAAUGAUGCUUUCCGGGUACUCAUGAAGCUGGAAAAUCCUGUGCUCAUAUCACUGGGGAAUGGACGCUAUUACAAGGAGACCUCUGGCCUGAUGCUGGACGUUGGUGCCUACAUGAAGGCGCUUGAGUAUGCCUCUGGUGUCAAAGCCGAAGUGGUGGGGAAACCGUCUCCUGAGUUUUUCAAGUCUGCUCUGCGAGCCAUCGGGGUGGAAGCUCACCAGGCCAUCAUGAUUGGGGACGAUAUCGUGGGUGAUGUCGGCGGUGCCCAGCGGUGUGGAAUGCGAGCGCUGCAGGUGCGGACUGGAAAGUUCAGGCCUGGUGAUGAGCACCAUCCCGAUGUGAAGGCUGACGGGUACGUGGACAACCUCGCGGAGGCUGUGGACCUGCUGCUGCAGCACGCAGACAAGUGAUGAGACUUCGGGAGGGCCCCACCUCCUCCUACCCAAUCCAGUACCUGGACCGCCCGAGGCCCUGAUAGCCCGGCCUUCUGCCCUGCGAGGCAGUCUGGGCUGCCCUGUCCCCAGACCUGAGCCAGCCAGCCUCUUCCUCUAUCCCCUUUUCCACCCCCUCCCCAGUCAUACUCCUGGACAGAGACUUGUUCCCUCCCUGGGUGACCUGCUUUCCUGUCUGGAUCCUGGCCAUAGAACCAAGAAGUGCAGUCCAGGAGGGUGGGACAGAUCUGUCAGGCCGCAUGAGAAAUGCAAGCCCUCUGGGCACGGGCUGGAAGGUGCCUGAAUUUGCCCACUCACCAUUUGCUCCUGGUCCUUUAAAUGCGGAUGGUACCACCUAGCUGAGAGGCCUUUCUGGGACCUACUGUCGCCGAUUGUGCAGCCCAGGGCCCAGCAGUCUCUCUGGGACUGCCCAGCUAUCCCCGUUGCCACCCCGCACCACCCGUCCUCGCCCCUAGUGUCAGAGUGGCCCAUCAGCACACUGCCACCCCACCCCCAAACAAGAAUAGCCCAGCCGGUCCAGGUGACUUUUCCUGUCCCCACAAGCGCGGGGCAGCUCCCAGGGGGCACUUCAAAAACUAUCACCCUAGAGAAUAAGGACUGACCCUCUGCAGUCAAGCUCGCAGGCACAGAGGGUCCUUUCUGGAGCUGCUAUGUGGACUUGAGUGUGUCAUGUCCGACCUGUAUAGGAGGAAAUGGAAGGUUCGAUAAACUGCCUUAAACAGCA